UUACGUCAUGUCCUUUAUGACAUACUCGAGCACAAACUGUACACACUCCAGCCCCGUCCACCAUAGCACAGAGUUUAAUAGUACAGUUGGCCAAGUUACUUGCUCAUUUGCCGAUGUGUUAUUCAAGUUAUCAUUUUUUGAUGUUCCGUUGUUAUUUCCUGAAGCACUAACAGUUCCUCACCUAAAAUUAUAUGCCUUAGCCAAGACUGAAGAACAUCAUUUUCAACAUUGGUAA